GAAAGAACAACACGUCAACACGGACACGGAUCAUCUUCCAGUUCCAGGCUUCCAGCCCUCCCCUCCUCUCCGCUCCCCAGCCUACUAAAUACUAAAAGUCUAAAACGGUAAAGAAUGUAAAAAAAAACCCUUGGCUAAACCUAAGCAGAAUUAGAAAGCACCUAAAUUAAAAUUCCAGGGAGGAAGAACAACAUGGGCAACACCAUGCCAACUCCAGGGAGACGACGUCGUCGGAAUCCCAGAAAGCAGGAUGAGCAAGGGGAAGAGCGAGAAGAACAACAAAGAGAAGCAGAGGCGGAAAAGCUUCCAUGCUUCACCUGUGAGAUUUGUAUAGAGCCCACCCCACAAGACAAGAAAUUCAAGAAUAAGAAGAGAUGUUCUCAUCCUUUCUGCUUGGAUUGCAUAUCCAAGUUCAUCGAUGCAAAAACUGACGACAACAUCACAGCGGUUAAAUGCCCAGACCUAAAUUGUAACAAGGUCUUGGACCCUCUCUCCUGUCGUCCGAUCCUCCCCGCCCGAGUUUUCAACAAAUGGUGCGACCUGCUUUGUAACGCGACAAUCCUCAAGUGUGAACGCGUCUACUGUCCUUACCCAGACUGCUCGGAGCUGGUGCUCAACGAGUGUGGGGGGAGAGUUAGGAAAUGCGAGUGCCCAAACCCAAAUUGCAAGAGAUUGUUCUGUUUCCGCUGCAAGCUUCCAUGGCAUGCGGGUUACCGGUGCGAUGAGAGCGGGGUUACCAGAGAUAGCAACGAUCUUUUGAUCGGCCAGGUCGUUGAGACUAAGCAAUGGACAAGAUGUCCGGGCUGCGGCCACUCCGUGGAGCUGCUUCUCGGUUGCCCAAUCGUUCGAUGCAGAGGAUGGGUGGUGGUGUUUGUGACUUACAGCUUGAUCAAAAGAACUUCUAAUGUCUUACCCUUUGAUAAUGCAGGAGCAGAACAGCCCUCGUUUUGAUUUUUGAUUUUUUGAUUUUUUUAUUUUUUGGGAAACCUAGGGUUUGGAAUUUUGGGGUUCGUAGAAGACUCGAACAAACAAAUCACAAAUCUUCUAAGAAUAAUAAUCGGUCCCAACUGAGAGACAUGUACUAUAUGUUAAUCAAAGCCGAAAAAAAAGAAAGAAAAAUAAGAAUAUUUACAAAAUACACUAGUGUUCUUCCUCCUAUAGAAUUUAGAAAAAAUAAUCUGGGCUUAUGGAGACUGUAGGUGAGGAUGUUAAAAAUUAUUGCUUGAGGAUUGAGAAACCCCGUGCUCAGCAUUAUUCUACCACUUAGUUUUAUUAAAAUGAUUUAAUAAUAAUGGUGUAAUUGUGACGGGGAAUACUGAAUAGUUAAAAGUUAAAACUAUCCUAAAUGGAAAAAUAUAAAUUUUGGAAAAUCAAGCAUUAAUUAUUAAUUAAUUAUGAAUUAAUAAAGCAAAUUAAAAAGGAAUGAGGGAGGGAAGAAAUGGUCAAAAAGAAAAACUGGAGAAUGGAGGAGUGCAGUGGGAUGGGCAUGGGCAUUAGCCUACAAAGAAAAUCAAUAAGAUAGGAGAUACAGAGACAAAAAAGAUAGAUUAAAAGUACUGGCUGCAACCACUACUCCAAAUGUUUCUUAGCAAUCUCCAGAUUUAUAUAUAAUAAUCAAUCAAGAGAACAAGUUCUCAAAUAAUUACAUCUGGGUCGUUGGCCCCAAGUCCCCAACUCUUGUAUGUUGCAUUUUUCUCUCUCUUUUAAUUUUCCUUUUCCUGAUUUCUUCUCUGUUGAUUGGUGUAUUACAUGAUGUGUUG